CUUAUUUUUCUUAAUAUUUUUAUCGUUAAUACCUACCAACGUUUACAAAGACGGCGACGGCGACGACGACGAGACAGUUAAAGACGACGACGACGACGACGACUACGAAAACGAAGACGAAGACAAGAGUAAGGACGAGAACGACAACGGCGGCAACGGCGGCAACGGCAACGACGACGACGACGACGACGACGACGACGACGACGACGACGACGACGAAGACGACGAAGACGACGACUAGGCCUACAAAUCUUUAAGACUGAAGAUUCCUCAAACUACCAAUGAGUUUGGCCGUGUUGCGCUGUGUUCGGUCCUACUCCUUUUACUAAUUGCGUGUGUGAUGCCCGGGAGUCGCUCCAGCACGGACCCAGAUCAUAAGUCACCGCGAGAAAGUGGUGAGGACUCCGAGGAUGAAAGCGAGAUCCUGGAAGAGAGCCCCUGUGGGCGGUGGCUCAAACGCCGGGAGGAGGUAUAUGUAGGUUCUAAACCAACAUCAGCCGAAGGAACUAGCUUUGGUACAACCAGAGGUAGUGAAAACGAAACAACUGAAAUGGAGAUAGAGCAACAAGAUGUUCCAGGAAUUGACUGUGCUUAUUUAGCAAUGGAUACAGAGGAAGGUGUAGAAGUUGUAUGGAAUGAGGUACAAUUUUCAGAAAGGAAAAACUUUAAAGCACAAGAAGAAAAGAUACAACUUGUUUUUGAAAAUCUCACGCAAUUGGAGCACCCUAAUAUUGUCAAAUUUCAUAGGUACUGGACGGAUACCCAUAAUGACAAACCACGAGUUAUAUUUAUAACAGAAUAUAUGUCAUCUGGAUCCUUGAAACAGUUCCUAAAACGAACCAAACGUAAUGUAAAAAAAUUGCCUCUCCAAGCAUGGAAACGAUGGUGUACGCAAAUACUUUCUGCAUUAAGUUAUCUGCAUUCCUGUUCUCCUCCCAUUAUUCAUGGAAAUCUUACGUGCGAUACUAUAUUUAUUCAACAUAAUGGACUUGUAAAAAUUGGUUCAGUGGCACCUGAUGCGAUUCAUCAUCAUGUCAAGACUUGUAGAGCUAAUAUGAAAAAUAUGCAUUUUGUUGCUCCUGAAUAUGGAAAUUCUGUGACACCCGCUAUUGAUAUUUAUUCUUUUGGAAUGUGCGCAUUAGAAAUGGCGGCACUUGAAAUUCAAGGGAAUGGUGAUAGCGGAACAAUUGUUACUGAUGAAAACAUUAGGAAAACGAUCGAAUCUUUAGAUGAUAGUCAACAGAAAGAUUUUAUACGCAAGUGUCUCGAAGUGGAUCCUUUAUGUAGGCCAAGCGCUAGAGAACUACUGUUCCAUCCGGUUUUGUUUGAAGUACAUUCUCUAAAGCUUCUUGCGGCACAUGCCUUGGUCAACUCGGCCACAAAUAUUUCAGAAACGAUAACGGAUGAAGUCUUGCAAAGGCUAUAUGGUCCAGAUACGGUAGUUGCAGAAAUAAAAUACCAAGGUCGAUCGGUGCAACAAAUUCGCUUAAGUGACAUACCUGUCACAGAAAAGUUAGAAAAAUUUGUUGAAGAUGUAAAAUAUGGAAUAUAUCCUUUAACCGCAUUUAUGGCAAAGUUGCCUCCACCUGCUCGACCUAGAGCUAUAUCUCCAGAAGUAACAGAAUCUGUUAAGUCUGUAACACCGGAACCAGUAGAUGUGGAAUCACGAAGAGUAGUUAAUAUGAUGUGUAAUGUUAAACCUAGAGAAGAAAGUUGUGAAUUACUUAUGACAAUAUUGUUACGAAUGGAUGAUAAAAUGAAUAGGCAGCUGACGUGCCCUGUGACUCAAUCAGAUACUUCAUUGAUUCUUGCACAGGAACUUGUACACUUUGGAUUUAUUAACGAAAAUGAUCGCGAUAAAAUAGCCAAUUUAAUUGAAGAAGCAUUGAGAAGUUGUUUCAAUAAGCAAAUGAUGAUGCCAGGGAUGGUAUCAUUAACCAAUCUUCCUACACAGACUACUUUGUUGCUGCCUGGUCCAGAAUUUUCCUGUUUACAGCACUUUGAUAAUUCUGUGUGCAAUGCUACAACAUCCAACAGUGAUAAUGCAAUUAAUUUGCUGCCAAAAAUCUCAGGUCUCUCUGUGUCAAGUAAUAAAACGAAUAAGAGUCACGAUGAAGUAGAACCACCAACGAUUACCGAAAGUGGUAGUUAACCAUCCAGGACGUCUGGUAAAUCAGUUCACUGUGCCACUUUGCACGCUCUAUGUAUAGACUGGCUAUGUAUUUUUAUAUUUAAGUAAAGAGAAGAAGAGAUUGAAAGUAUAGGAGAAGAGGCGCCGUGGCUACAUCACUAAGCUAAUCGCAAUUCUAGUAUGAACGAAUAGGUACGCUUGUGCAAAGCAUUUCAUGACAGUCAAGUACUAACAAUCCAAACUUUUAACAUUUUUAAAAGUUUUAAGCCUUGUUUUUAAUUACUGGAAAUAAGGUCACUGCAAGCAUAGUUUGCUUUUAAAGGGAUGUUUUUUUUAUCGAGGAAAUCACGAAAAUAUGUUUUUUGAAACAUGCCUUUCUCUCGUAUUCGUUGCAAUAGAAGUUCGAUUUAAGUGUUACUACUUUAUACACAACCACGUGAAUGCUUAAUAAAGUAGCAACGAUCUUCGUUACGAACGAUAUGGACAGAUAUAUAGUUGGGAUUAUUAUAUUAUUUUUAUUUGCAAAUUUUAAAUUAACGAAUGUAAAAUGAAAUUUUGUGAUAUAAAUAUAAAAGAAAUGGCCAUUACAUUUUAAAUGUACACGAAUAAUGCUUUAUUGUAUCAUACAUGUACGAAUAAGCGUUGUGCCAUCAAUUAUCUUGUAUAGUAAGAGAAAACAGCUCAUUAUGAAUCAGCACUAUUUACUUAUAUGCGUUUAUAUUUAAAAUUUUUUAACUGUUCAAGAUUAAAUGAUGAUCAUUAUGGUGCUAAUAAAAAAAGCUAAUAGCAUUUAAUAUAAAAAAAAUUACUUAAUCUAUUAUACAUUCCGGAUCGAUAAAUAAUAAUAUCGCGCCAAUGAUUUGUAUCACGAUAUAAUAAUUGCUCUUUUAAAUGAUGCAACACACAACGUUUUUGUAAUUUUUGCUAUUUUCUGAUAUUGAAUUUAAUUUUUUAUGAAGAUUUAGUGGGGACGGGAUGAUAUAAUAUGGUAUCAUAUGAUGUGGUAUGUUAUGGUUGGUAUGGUAUGGUAUGGUAUGGUAUGGUAUGGUAUGGUAUGGUAUGGUAUGGUAUGGUAUGGUAUGGUAUGGUAUGGUGUCGUGUCGUAUGGUGUGGUAUGGUGUGAUAUGGUGUGGCGCUUGGCGUGCGCACGUGCGUGUUCCUUUUUAUUAUAUUCAAUUUUGUCGAAUGGAUAUGCCUAAUUUGAUUUUCAUAAGAAACAAAAGGAUGCCACGGCCCUGUUAUACUUGGGUAUUAUUGAUGUGAUUAAACCAACGUUAUUAAAUCUCGAUAAAAUUAGCUGAAAUCCUUGUAAAUAAUUUAUAUUUUUAAGAAAAUCUGUUGAAACAGAAAACUAGUCAUAUAGGUAUAUUUGAGUGCUAACAAACUAACACCGACCUUGUUAUGUCUUUUGCAUUUGUAACACAAAUAUGUGCUUGGCAAAAACAUAUUGCUGCAAUUUCAUACCUCAUUAAAAUCGAUUUCAGUGACACAUCUCACUUUGCAAAUGACUAACCAUUAGUGGUAAUCUUACCAACAACAUAAAUUUUGACUUUAAAUAUGUAAGUAGAUUAUCGAAAUUAAAAUCAAUGUAUAGCUUUGUAAUUCGAAUUAUAAAAAAUGAAAAAAGUACGAUGACUGAAGCGUGGAUAUUAUGACCGGACUGUACGAUGACAAUGGUGAAAUAAAUACUGUAAUUCCGAA